GGUCUAUUCAGCUUCGGCGCCGCCCAGUUCUCCCACUCCCGGGGCCGCCAAAAUUCCCUCCGAUUCUCUCGUGCUCCCUCUCGACCACCGCCGCCGCCGCCUCCUGACGUCCCGCCUCCGCCGGCCUGUCCCCGCCUCCUCCUCGCUUCUCGCCUCUCGCCUCCGCUGGCCUGCCCCGGCCGCCCCCAAAACCCUAGACCCCAGCACAGUCCGCAGGCGUAGCAGCAGGCUGCGGCCGCUGCCUCGCCCCGAUGCACCGCGGCUUCGAGGAGAUCUCCGACGACGAGUGGUCUAAUCACACCUUCAAGCCCUCGCGCGUCCUCAAGCGCCCCAACCAGCGGCCCACGCAACCUCCGCCGCCGAUCAAUUCAUUCGCCUACAACCCCAAGGCUCGCUCCGCCGCCGGCACUAGCACCGCAACUGUCAUCCUCUCAGACGACGACAGCGACUUCGACCUAGGCGCGGACGGCGGUACCCGCCGCGCCGCGAAGAGCCAGCACGCCCUCAAGCGCCCGCAUAACGGGGCCCCUUCGCGGCCUUCUCCGCCAGUAAAACCGUUCAGCCGCAAUCCCCAACCAUCCAAUGCCGCUGCCGCCUUUGGGGUCUCCGACAGCGAGGACGAUGACUUCGAUUUUCCUACCUCGCCUUCGAGGACUUCAAACCUUCGCCGCAAAGGGAAGAGCCAACGCCCCCUCAAGGGUCCUCAGCUCAAGCCUUCGCGGGCUCCACCGCCAGUUAACUCUUUCAACCAUAACCCCAAACGGUCCAAAUUCGCCGCCGGUGUGGGGCUUUCCGACAGUGAGGACGAUGAAUUCGACCUCAUAGAAACGUCAAGCCUCCAUCGCAGGGCAAAGAGACAACACGGCCAGAAGCGUCCACAGCACAAGCCCCAUUUGCAGGAUCCUCAGUCCUUUGGCUCGUCUCGCCGCAAUUCGAAACCUUCCAAGGCUGCUGCCACUACAGGGCUAUCUGACAGUGAUGAUGAUGACUUUGACAUCACAGACGAUGACUUUGACCUUCCAGCUUUGCCCUCGAGGACAUCGCGCCCACGCCGCACUACUAGUCGCCGGUUGACGAGUUUUGCCAUUGACAUCUCUGAGGAAGACGAAGAAGACCUUGCUGAUGACGACUUUGACUACCAAGACCCAAGGCCUCCCCAGCAACGUCCCUCUGGCCGCCGCUUUGUGAUCGGGGACGAUGAUGACAGUGAUGUGCCUAUAGCUGUGGAGGAUGAUGAUGGGGUGGAUUGGUCGGAGCUGGAAAAGGAGGACGAAGAUGAGGGCUACAAUGGGGAGAUAAGUGUAAAUGGGGAGGAUCCCAAGGGAGAUGUGGUGGGAAUGGCAUUGCGCAAGUGUUCACGCAUCUCGUCAGAUCUGCGCAAGGAGCUUUUUGGUUCAUCAGCGCAGGAUUGUGAAAGCUACGCUGAGAUAGACGCUUCCACUUGCCGUAUUGUUACUCAGGAAGACGUAAAUGCUGCAUGCACAAGUGAGAAGUCAGAGUUCGAGCCUGUGUUGAAGCCGUAUCAACUUGUGGGCGUCAAUUUCCUUCUCCUAUUGCAUCGGAAAAGCAUUGGCGGAGCAAUUUUGGCUGAUGAAAUGGGUCUUGGGAAGACAGUGCAGGCUGUCACUUAUCUUACUCUAUUACGGCAUCUAUAUAACGACCCAGGUCCACAUCUGAUAGUUUGCCCAGCUUCCGUGUUGGAGAAUUGGGAAAGAGAACUCAGGAAGUGGUGCCCUUCGUUUUCGAUCAUCAUGUUUCAUGGAGCUGCAAGGACUACCUACUCAAAGGAAUUAAGCUCCUUAGGCAAGGCUGGCUGUCCAGCUCCAUUUAAUGUCCUCCUUGUUGGCUACUCACUUUUUGAAAGACGGAGUGCCCAGCAAAAGGAUGAUCGUAGGGCCCUCAAAAGAUGGCAAUGGAGCUGUGUUUUGAUGGAUGAAGCGCAUGUUCUGAAAGAUAAGGGUAGCUUCCGAUGGAGAAACCUGAUGGCCGUUGCGCAACAUGCUCGCCAAAGGCUAAUGCUGACAGGAACUCCUCUCCAAAAUGAUUUGCAUGAGCUAUGGUCAUUGUUGGAGUUCAUGAUGCCUGAUAUAUUUGCCAUCGGAGAUGUUGAUCUGAAGAAGCUGCUGAAUGCAGAAGACCGCGAACUAAUUUCACGCAUAAAGUCCAUUUUAGGGCCAUUUAUUCUUAGACGUUUGAAGUCAGACGUAAUGCAGCAGCUUGUUCCUAAAAUACAACAGGUUAAGUUUGUCGUCAUGGGCACAGAGCAGUCUAUAGCUUACAAAAAUGCCAUAGAUGAGUAUCGUGCUACUUGCCAGGCUCGUAGUGCCAAGUCUUCAAAUGACAUUUCCAAUAAUAUUGUUGGAUUGAUUCCAAAACGUCAAAUAUCCAACUAUUUUACACAGUUUCGUAAGAUUGCAAAUCACCCUUUGCUUAUAAGGCGUAUUUAUAGUGACAAAGAUGUUGAUCGAAUUGCACGGUUGCUAUACCCUAAAGGUGCAUUUGGCUUCGAAUGUUCCUUGGAGAGAGCAAUCCAAGAGCUAAAGAACUACAAUGAUUUUGACAUCCACCAACUAUUAUUGUCAUAUGGUGACGUGGGCACAAAGGGUGCUCUAACAGAUGAGCAUGUUUUUUCAUCGGCAAAAUGUCAGGCUUUAGGGAAGCUUUUACCUUCUCUAGCAAAUGAUGGUCACAGAGUACUCAUAUUUAGUCAGUGGACCACAAUGCUCGAUAUCCUUGAAUGGGCACUGGAAGUAAUAGGAGUUACAUAUAGACGCCUUGAUGGAGGGACCGCUGUAACAGAAAGACAGACUAUAGUGGACACGUUCAACAACGAUCUUUCUAUAUUUGCAUGUUUACUUUCUACAAGAGCUGGAGGCCAGGGGCUGAACCUUGUAGGAGCUGACACAGUCAUUAUACAUGAUAUGGAUUUUAACCCCCAGAUGGAUCGGCAAGCUGAGGACCGUUGCCAUCGCAUUGGACAACAGAAACCUGUCACUAUCUAUAGGCUAGUGACAAAGGAGUCAGUUGAUGAAAAAAUCUAUGAGAUUGCAAGGCGGAAGCUAGUACUAGACGCCGCAAUUCUUCAUUCUGGAGCAGAGUUGGACAAUAGUACUGAUGUACCAGAAAAGACAAUGGGAGAGAUUUUGGCAUCUCUUCUCCUAGUCUGAAGUUCUAAUCCUGGAGUUUCUUGAAGGUAUUCAGUUCUACCUGUGGGAUAUCUUUAACAAUGGGUUUUUGGCCUUCAUUGAAGCUAGCCAUUCACCCUGGCUAAUGUCUUGAGGUCUUAAGAUGUGCAUCCAUGAUUCCUUUUUGCUCUGGAGACCUCCCAUCUUUUGGUCUGUUCAUCUUUUGUUCUAUGAAUGCUCUGCUAUAAACUACUGGAUUUCCAAAGUGUUUAUGGUUCUACAUAAUGACAGUGUUUAAGGUUACUGUAGGUGGUAAUGGAGUCUGAUUUUCUUUUUCUCCGAUAUAGGAAGGACUGAAAUAUGAAGUAAUACAUCUGUACCAAAGUUUCAACAUGUUUUAAAUGAAAUGCAGAAUAGUUCCAAGUUGCACAUUUGCUUCAGUUUGUACCAUUAUUUUUUUAUUUUAUCUGCACAAGUGUGUACCGACACUUAACAUUGUCAAAGAUAUAAGUUCCAUCUUGUUUUAGAGUGCAGUUUGACCACA